CAGUGUUGUUUCGUGCCUGCGCGUGACUCCGCGAUAUCGGCCGCUCGGCUGCUGGCGGGCGACUCUGCCGAUCCGGGGACGUUGUUGAGGAUCGCCGACUGCCAGCAAGGACUGUCGACUAUGGUUGUGCUGAGUCGCGUUGGGUCGCCGACGAUGUCAGCGACUGUCGCCGGAACCCAGCAGCAGCAGUUUCCCCAUCAGGAGUGGGACAUCAACGACUCCAACAUACCAAAGGUGGUGGACUACGACGCCUGGUGCGAGUGGGCGGACGGCCACGUGCGCAAGGUCUACGCUCCCGACUGCGAGGAGGCCAAGCGACACGCGUCCGGCUGGGCGAUGCGCAACACCAACAACCACAACGUCAGCAUUCUCAAGAAAUCGUGUCUCGGCGUGCUCGAGUGCUCGCUCAAGUGCGUGCUUCCUGGCGGCGGGCGCGUUCAUCUGCGACCUGCCAUCUGCGAUAAGGCGCGGAAGAAGCAGCAAGGCAAGCCCUGCCCGAACCGGCAGUGCGCCGGCCGGCUGCAGAUCCACGCGUGCCGCGGCCACUGCGGCUACCCGGUCACGCACUUCUGGCGGCACACCGCCCACGCGAUAUUCUUCCAGGCGAAGGGCACCCACGACCACCCGCGGCCCGAGGCCAAGUCCACGUCGGAGGCGCGGCGCAGCGUCGGCGCGGGCAGGCGCGUGCGCGGCCUGGCCGUGCUGCUCGCCAGGGAGGCCGCCCUCGGCUCCAAGCUGCUGUCGCUGAGGGCCGCCAAGCGGGCCGGCCCCGAGGGCCUGGAGCUGGGCGCCAGGGCCGCGCAGAUGCCGGCGCCCGUCGCCGACAAAGGCUACUCGUGCUCGUGCCCGCCGUUCGAGUGCGUGUGCGUCGCGGCGCAGCGCGGCUACCCGCAGCAGGCCGCCUUCCAGGCCUGCCAGCAGCAGCAGCAGCAGCAGCAGCAGGCGCAGAUGCAGCCGCUCGACGCGCUCGCGGUGGCCGGCAGCCCGGGCCAGCCCGCGUACGUCCAGCCGGCCCAGCAGACGGCCGGCAGCGAGGCGCCGGCCUACUGGGCGCCGCAGGCCGCCGCCGAGCAGGCCUACGCGUGCCUGCCGCAGGAGGCCUCCUGCUACCCCAGCGCCGACUUCCCCGCCGGCUUCGGCAGCGACCUUUUCCAGCCCGAGGAGAUCUUCCAACUGGACCAGCCCAUCAGGCCCGACUUCGCGGUCGGCGACGGCGAGCUGCCCGCGCGCUCGCCGCCGAGCCUGCUGGACCUGGGCAGCGGCACCAUCAAGUACGAGGUGCCCGAGAUGCACGAGUCCAGCGCCUACUGGACGCAGCUGCUCAGCGAGGACUCGAGCAGCAGCCACGUGAGCGCCUCGCAGCAGCAGCACCACCACCACCAACACCACCACCUCCACGAGCCCGACAAGGAGGGCUGCGCGCCCUUCGACCCCUACCAGGCCGGCUGGCCGAGCGUCGACGCCCGGCAGGACUACGCAAGCGGCGGCUACGACUCGGCGGCCAAGGUCGCGCGCGGCGGCGCGGCCUCUAGUCACUCGCCGGUCGCCGAGGCCGCCCCGGCCAGCUUUGGGCCCGGAUACGAGGCCGCCGGCUACCAGCAGAUGCCGCAGCUGCCCGGCCAGCGCGGCGCCGCCUCGCCCGGCCCGCGCCAGCACGUCGGCCUGGCCGACAGGCUGGGCUACGCCCAGGCGAUGCAGCAACCGAGCCCCGAGCCCUACUUCUACCAGAGCGCCGCAGACAGGUGUCACUACGCGUGCGAGGUGCUGGACACGCGGCUGCCGCAGAUGCCCGCGAACGGCAAUUUGGCCUACGGCGAGGUGGUGGCCGCCGAUCUGGACAUGCCGCAGUUCGUCGACUACACCCUCGUCGGCAUGCUUUGCAGCCCCGAGGAGGAGGAGGAGCAGCAGCAGCAGCAACAGCAGCAGCACCAUCACCACCACCACCAGCUCGCCUCGUGUCAACAGCAGCAGCAGCAGCCGCUGCUGCACGGCUUCGUGCCCCAUCAUUAGACCCGCCUCGACUUAGUCCCAGCGUACUUAU